AUGGACGACAUUCUGCUUACUGGAGAUGAUACUGAAGAAUUUUCAAGUCUAAAAGCAUUCCUUUAUUCUGAGUUCAAGGUCAAAGAUUUAGGACCUGCAUACUAUUUUCUUAUAAUGGAAUUAAUCAGAGAACCACAUGGUCUUAUCAUUAGUCAAAGGAAAUUUACCUUGGAAUUGUUGACUGAAUUUGGUUGUUUAGAAUUGAAGUCUGCCUCAUCUCCACUCGACCCAAGUUCCAAACUUUCUGCUACUUCUGGAGAUCCAAUCCCUGACCCAACACUCUAUCGCAGACUCCUUGGUAAGUUAAAUUUUUUUACUCACACUCGACCGAAUUUGUCCUGUGCCGUUCAGCAUCUGAGUCAAUACAUGCAAGACCCACGAAUUCCCCAUUUUGAUGCCGCAAUUCAUUGCCUCCGUUAUCUUCUAAGUACUCCAAAUUUGGAGCUUUUUAUGAAUUCUGAUCCUUCAUUGAGUCUCAUUGCCUUUUGCGACUCAAAUUGGGCUUCUGAUUCUCCUAGGUCCGUCAGUGGCUAUUUCUUAAGUCUUGGGGGAUCUCCAAUUUCAUGGAAAUCCCAGAAGCAACCUUUCGUGUCUUUAUCUUCUGCCGAGGCAGAAUAUCGAUCCAUGCGGCGAGUGGUAGCUGAAAUCACUUGGUUGGUGCGACUUUUAGAGGAUCUAUCUGUGCCGGCAUCUCUUCCAAUCUCUGUCCAUUCUGAUAGCUAG